AUGAGUGAUCCACUGCAUACAUUGGUACUUCACAGAAGCGAAAAGACCAAGAAUAAGAUACUAUCGAAGCUACUGGAUACUACGAUAUGCUCCAUAUGUCAUGACUACAUGUUUGUUCCCAUGACCACUGAAUGUGGGCACUCUUAUUGUUAUACUUGUCUUAAAACAUGGUUCAGCAGCGAUACCAACCGUGGUGGAUUAAGUUGUCCGGAAUGUCGCGCUAUUGUAAACAGAAUACCUAUAGUUAAUACUGCAUUGCAAAGCUGGUUGAACAACACAUUAGACAUCUUGGGUGUUAAGAAGAAUGACGAUGAUAGGUAUAAGAAAUUGAUGUCUGCACAGUCCGCAGAAGUGAGAACAUACCAGGAUGAUAAGAAAGCAGAUGAUCUUUUUGGAAAUAUAUUCAAGAGCUCUGCCCAAGCAAUCGCAGAUGAAUCAGAUGAUGGUAUUAUACGUUGUAGUAACUGCCUAUGGGAACUGGAUGUUGAUGAAGAUACCAAUGAAUGUCCAAAUUGUUCCGCACGCAUAAGGAAUGGCAUACCGAGAGGGAAUGGUACAUCAGAAAGCACAAGAGAAGACUUGUAUAAUAGAGAUGAAUAUAGUGAAGGUGAGUACGAGGAGAUUGAAGAUGAACUCAGAAAUACUGGAGUAGUUAUAAGUAAUGGAAGAAUUGAACCAGCCCAUUUGCCAGAAGGGUAUGAGGAAGAUGAUUUUUCAUAUGACGAUGAAGAUGAAGACACACCAAUAUCUGGAAGUCGAAGACAACAUGCAGCAAGUAGAUUUUCUAGUGCAAAUAUGAGAUCUAGGUUAUCCCUUCAUGAUGAUGAAGCAGAAGAAGAAGAUGAUGAUGAUAAUGAUAGCGGCCAUUCUAUAGCGGAACAGGAAGAAGCUGGAGAUUAUGAUAACGAAGAGAGAGAUUCUGAUUUGGACUCUUUCAUUGCUGAUGAUGAUGAAGUACUAGAAGAAGAACCUGAAGAGGUUCAGGAAAUACGGUCAAGUGCUGAAGACGAUAAUCAUGACUCAGACUUUUAUGAGAAGCAACCUGAUUCUUUUGUUAGUGGAGAUAGUUUAGACGAUGAAAGUAGUGCUGAAGAGCAUGGAACAAGCCCAAAGAGACAAAAAAGGUUUCGAAUAGUACUAGAUGAGAGUGACGAUGAAGAAUAG